AUGAUGUCGUUGGUGUCCUCUGCUUCUGCCACCCCGACUGCUUCUCUACGCACGCAUCUCAAUGAUAUAGCGCAAAUGAUUGAACAACAGAAGCAACUGCUUGCUCAAAUGGAAUCCUACGAAACCCAAAUCCGACACGAGCUUGACCGCGUCGCGUUUUAUCCCGUGUUGUCCCUUCCUGCUGAAAUCGUGACCGAAAUAUUCAUUCACUGCCUGCCUGACCCCGAGCACAUCAACGCUAAUGUUAACGAAGCCCCGCUGCUUCUGAUGGCCGUCUGUAAACAAUGGGCGCGCAUUGCCCUGUCGGUACCUGCUUUAUGGCGCUCAUUGGAGUUGGAUGGGCGGGAGUGGGAGGACCAAGAGCUGCUGGAUGUUAUGGAACUGUGGUUUCGGGGGAAUGCAACGCGAAAAGCUGCGCUCCGAGGCGAGAUUUUCCCAACGGUUUUGGCGCGAUUCAUGCAAUCAUUUGGAGCCAAGGCGAACAGAAUAACGGAGCUGACACUGGCGUUUGGCGAGGAAACGCUUCUCGAAUUUAAGGAGAUCCCGUUUCAGAUGAGCCAGCUCACGGAAUUGGCUGUUUACGGGUUCGCUUCAGCGGGGCAAAGUUUGGCGAUUAACGCGCCACUUUUACGCAGAGCGUCGUUCUUCUCUAUUUCCCCUGCCUCUCUCUCUAUUCAGUGGUCCCAGUUAACUGACGUAACCUGCGGCAACUACUCCUUCGACCACUUCUUCGAGGCCCUAAACCUUCUUCCCAAUCUUAUCCGUUUUGACGUGACUAUGGCGUCUGACGGAGAGCAUCGCGACCAAACUCGUGGUACACUCACCCACCUGAAUCUACGACACCUUAGGCUUGUUCAGGAUAGCGAUUCUCGUCCACAACUCCCAAUGCUCCAUUUUCUUGCCCUACCCCAUCUCGAGUCCCUCGAAACAGACGAAGCCGAUGAAGUUUUCCUCGGCGCCUUUCUCAUCCGCUCUGCUGGCCCUCACCUCGAGACGCUGCGUUUCCUGGCCAACUCAACCACCUCCUCCAAGCUCCUCAUCACCAUUCUACGCACCCUGAACGGACUUGUCUCCUUCGACAUGCGGUAUCCAUCCACCAAACUCGUGUCCAAGUUCUUCAGGCGUUUCUCUGCCGACACCAAGAUGCUUCCGAACUUGCGCUCUCUCCAGGUUGGCUGUCGGGACAAAAGUGGCGAAAUCUCGCUCGUGGGGCUGACGAGCAUACUGGGACCGGCGGUCAUCGAGCGGAAUAAGCGGGCUAAGCAGAAGGCGACUCAGCGCAUCGACACCCUUCGCCUCGUUGUCUCGGCAGCGGCCUGGUCAACGUAUACGAUCCCCAAAUCCGACCUGCAGCCGUAUCAAGAGCUCAAAGACGAUGGAGUCGAUGUGUAUCUUGGCACUAAAGACCACCCAUUUGAGUGGGAUGUAAGCGGAUAA